UUCAAUGCAGAACACAAACUCUAUAAAACCUUAUUUGAAAGCUACAAUCCAUACAUCCGACCAGUGGAGAAUGUGUCUGAUCCUGUAACUGUACAGUUUGAAGUGUCGUUGUCACAGCUUGUUAAAGUGGAUGAAGUUAAUCAGAUUAUGGAAACCAACCUUUGGCUGAAACAUAUAUGGAACGAUUACAAGCUGAAAUGGGAUCCAAAACAGUACGGAGAAAUUGAAUUUAUUCGAGUUCCUUCUGCACGGCUCUGGAAACCAGACAUAGCUCUCUAUAACAAUGCAGAUGGAAUCUUUCAGGUGGAUGAUAAAACAAAGGCAAUAUUAAAACACACAGGAGAAAUAAUGUGGAUCCCACCAGCUAUAUUCAAGAGCUCCUGCUGGAUAGAUGUAACAUUCUUUCCAUUUGACUAUCAGAACUGUACCAUGAAGUUUGGCACCUGGACAUAUGAUAAAGCAAAUAUUGAUCUGGUUAUGAUUGGCACGGAGAUGAACCUGAAAGAAUUCUGGGAGAGCGGUGAGUGGGUGAUUAUCAGUGCCUCUGGAUACAAGCAUGAGAUAAAAUACAACUGCUGUACAGAAAUCUACCAGGAUAUUACCUAUUCUUUAUACAUCAGGCGUCUACCAUUGUUCUACACCAUUUACAUCAUCACCCCUUGUCUCCUCAUUUCCUGCUUAACGAUCUUGGUUUUCUACUUACCUUCAGAUUGUGGGGAAAAGGUCCAGUUGUGCAUGUCUGUCCUUUUAUCACUAACUGUAUUUCUUUUGGUUAUUACUGAAAUUAUUCCUUCAACCUCCUUGGUGAUUCCCCUGAUCGGUGAAUAUUUACUUUUUACAAUGAUAUUUGUAACGCUUUCUAUUGUUAUAACUGUAUUUGUGCUGAAUGUGCACUACAGAACUCCUAAAACGCACACAAUGCCCCAAUGGGUAAAGAAAAUCUUUCUGGAGAAACUGCCAAAAAUAAUGUUCAUGACCAGACCAUCGAAAGAAGAUGUAACUGCAGUAAAAUCUAAUUUCAUUGGUGAUAGCUUCAACAUAAGUAGCAUCAGCAGUUCUGAGAUUAGAAGCUGUCAUGACCAGUUCUUCUGCCAGGACAACUCUUGUCCUUGUGGACAAAUGAAAAGAUUAUAUACAUCCGAAAUUGCAUGCAACCUUACCCGUGGCUCCAGCCUGGAAUCAGUCGACAAUCCUCUUUCAAAUUCAAUAUUAUCAUCAGAGAUAAAAGAUGCCAUUGAAAAUGUACAUUUUAUUGCAGAGAACAUGAGGAUACAAAAUGAAGCCAAAGAGAUCCAAAAUGACUGGAAAUAUGUUGCCAUGGUAAUUGAUCGCUUCUUCCUCUGGGUAUUUGUAAUGGUUUGCAUCCUGGGCACUGUUGGACUGUUUUUGCCACCAUUGGUGUUACGUGACUAA